AGCCUUACCAAACUAAUUUAGACAUUCACCAUUAUAUAAACCUCUUUUGUAGCAGAACAUGUCCUAGACUUGUUACACUUCCUAACUUGCUCCUACCAAAAAUGGACUGGACCAGAGGCCACACUAUUGGCAACGGCUCUACAGCUGUCGUCUCGGUCGCCAUGUCACGCUCCUCCGGUGAGAUUUUUGCUGUCAAGUCCACAGAGCUAUCUCGGUCCCAAUUCUUGAAAAAGGAGCACAAAAUUUUGUCAACAUUGGACUCUCCUUACGUAGUUGACUACAAGGGCUACGAUGUAACCAGAGAGAACAACAAGGUAUUGUUCAAUCUUAAGAUGGAAUACAUGCCCGAUGGGACCCUCACCGAUGAAAUUAGGAAACAAGGAGGCCGGUUAGAUGAGCAGUUGAUCGGAUAUUACACGAAGCAGAUUGUUCAAGGACUAGACUACCUACAUUCGAAAGGCAUAGUGCAUUGCGACAUUAAGGGAUGUAACAUUUUGUUAGGUAAAACCGGUGCUAAAAUUGGAGAUUUUGGUUGUGCUAGGCUUGUUGAUCAGGCUAAAUGGAACGGUGGCACGCCUAUGUACAUGGCACCAGAAGUGGCUCGUGGUGAAGAACAAGGAUUUCCAGCUGAUAUAUGGGCAUUGGGAUGCACUAUUAUAGAAAUGGCCACUGGUGGCUCACCGUGGACUAAUGUUAACAACCCUGCUUCCUUGCUUUAUCAUAUUGCAUUUUCUAGCCAAACACCAGAAAUUCCAAAUAUUUUGUCAUCACAAGCAAGAGAUUUUUUAACCAAAUGCUUGAUAAGAAAUCCAAAACAAAGAUGGUCUGCUAAACAACUCCUUAAUCAUCCAUUUCUUGAGGAGUCCAAUUUAUUAUACAGCAAGGCAAAUCAAGAUUUCAUCACAAAUUCUCCAACAAGCAUUCUUGAUCAAGGCAUUUGGAAUUCAGAAACCAAUGAUGAUUCAACACAAGAAAUUAGUCCAAUGGAUUUAACUCUGCAAAGGGUAAGAAAAUUGUAUAUGCAAUCAAGAAAACCAGACUGGAAAUUGGAUGAAAGUUGGAUCACAGUUAGAAAUUGCAGUGAAGAUUUGCCAACUUGCCAAGAUAACAUUUUUUAUUGCAGUAGUUGUAGUAUACAACAGAGAGCAAUAAUUAGCACUCUCAAUUUUAUCACACAUAAAAGAGAUUCACCAAAUAAAAGUAUACGUUCAUAAAUCUGUCUCCUCUCUCUUUUACCUUCCUUGGCUUACUUUUCUAAUUUUGCAUUUUGCAUUUUGCAUUUUCUCAUUUGCACUUAUAGCAGAAGAUAUUAGCACACAGAAUUAAAAUUCAACUUCCAAAAUUGUAUAAAA